AAAUGCUAAAUGAAUAGAUUGGACCAAAUUUAAUUCAAUUGUGAAUGGCAACCACUAGAUUGUUGCGUUCCUCUAGGCCAAUUCAACUCCCUCCUCCUCCUUCUGCUUCUUCCUUCAUGAAAUCUGUAUGGUACCAAAGCAGAGCCUCUUUGAAUGGAGAUCACACCAUAGCUUCUUCCAAAGGAGAAAGAAAAUUACCUGUGGCGGCCCUGAAGGCAUCGAUGGCUACCACCGACCAAAUAACCUCAUCACAACCAGUGGUUCCCCAAGGAUUGUCAGAUUUAGCUGCUUUAUUGGCAAGUAUUCGCAAUGCUAUUUUCGUUCUUUUACGGUCUGCUCUCAAAAGCAAGCCUUGGAAUUUACACCCGCAAAUGCUCAUUGAAAAGGCAAUAAUCGAUUGCAGAUUUUUCACGUUGUUCGCCGUGGCAGGAUCUUUACUUGGCUCGGUAUUGUACUUCGUUGAGGGAUGUCUUCUUGUUAUCGAAUCAUACGCGCAUUAUUUCCAUAUAAUGUUCUCUCAAAGGUUGGAGCAAGGACAUCUGGUGCAUCUACUUAUCGAAGCCAUAGACAUGUUCCUGGUAGGAAAUGCCUUGCUCAUUUUUGGAAUGGGUUUGUACGUCAUGUUUGUGGGAUUAAGGACUGCUAGUAAAGAAACACAACCACGAUCACUUUGUGGAUCAAACUUGCUCGGUCUCUUCUAUAUGAAGUUACCCCCACGGUGGGUAGGGAUGCAAUCGAUUGCGCAGGCUAAGUCAAGGAUUGGGCAUGCGGUGAUGUUGAUUCUUCAGGUGGGACUACUAGAGAAGUUCAAGGAUAUUCCCUUAGUCACAGGCCUUGAUCUUGCUUGCUUCGCUGCAGCUGUACUCACAUCCUCAGCUUCCAUUUUAGUCCUCUCAAGACUUCAUCAAUGCUAAUUUGUGAAGUUAGCUAGGGAAACCAUAAUUCAACCUUAUGCUUUGGCCUUGAAUUUUAGAAUAAGCUAUUUCUUUGGUGACCCAAAAGAAAAAAAAUGUUCUACACCAUUUGAAUGGAAAUUAAUUCAUUGGUUAUGUAUAACUUUCUCCAUGUAUAACCUUCCUUCUGAAGAAAGUGUAUUUAUAUAUUAUAU